UGUUGUCCCUUCCCCAGGCUUGUGCUCGGCCGCUGAUCUCGGUGUACUCGGAGAAGGGAGAGGCCUCGGGCAAGAACGUGACUCUGCCUGCAGUGUUCAAGGCCCCGAUCCGCCCUGACGUCGUCAACUUCGUCCACACCAACCUGCGCAAGAACAACCGGCAGCCCUACGCCGUCAGCGAGCUCGCAGGUCACCAAACCAGUGCUGAGUCAUGGGGCACUGGGAGAGCAGUCGCUCGCAUCCCGCGCGUGCGAGGUGGUGGGACGCACCGCUCCGGCCAGGGAGCCUUUGGGAAUAUGUGUCGUGGCGGCCGCAUGUUCGCCCCAACCAAGACCUGGCGCCGCUGGCACCGCAGAGUCAACACGACACAGAAGCGUUAUGCCAUCUGCUCUGCUCUGGCUGCAUCAGCUCUGCCAGCACUGGUCAUGUCCAAAGGUCACCGCAUUGAGGAGAUUCCAGAACUUCCUCUCGUCGUUGAAGACAAAGUGGAGGGUUACAAGAAAACCAAGGAAGCUGUUCUCCUGCUUAAGAAGCUUAAAGCUUGGAAUGACAUCAAAAAGGUUUAUGCCUCCCAACGCAUGCGAGCUGGGAAGGGUAAGAUGAGGAAUCGCCGUCGCAUCCAGCGCAGGGGACCCUGCAUCAUCUACAACGAGGACAACGGCAUCAUCAAGGCCUUCCGGAACAUCCCGGGAAUUACUCUCCUCAACGUGAACAAGCUGAACCUGCUGCGACUCGCUCCUGGUGGCCACGUUGGGCGUUUCUGCAUCUGGACGGAGAGCGCGUUCCGCAAGCUGGACGACCUGUACGGCACCUGGCGCAAGGCUGCCACGCUCAAGAGUGACUACAACCUGCCGAUGCACAAGAUGACCAACACAGACAUUGGAAGAAUCAUGAGGAGCCAGGAAAUCCAGAAGGCCCUGCGUGCUCCAAAGAAAAAGAUUCACCGUAGGGUCCUGAAGAAGAACCCACUGAAGAACCUGAGGAUCAUGAUCAAGUUGAACCCGUACGCCAAGACGAUGCGCCGCAACACCAUCCUGCGCCACGCGCAGAACCACAAACUUAGGGAAGAGAGGAAAGCCAAGGUCAAGGCCAAGCUUGCAGCCAAAGCCCCAGCUGCACCCAAGGCAGAGCCUGCCCCCAAGAAGGCCAAGACAGCCAAACCCGCAGCGAAGGGCAAGGCUGAAGCGUAAACGCAGCAGUGCUGCCCCUGGGUGCCUCGGGGAGCUGUGCCCAGGGCUUCCCACUAAUAAAUGCUGUUGGAACAGA